UGCAAGCGAAUCUUAGAAAAGCACUUCACAUACUUCCUCCAAGAAACACAUAAUAAAUACUUUCAUUUCUUUGUAGUGCAAGCAGUGUUUGUGAAUGGGAAAUUCUGCAAGGACCCAAAGCUUGUCGCUGCAAAUGAUUUUUUCUUUACCGGCCUCCAAGUCCCGAAAAGCACAGCGAAUCCAGUUGGUUCGACAGUGACAGCGGUGAACGUGGAUAACCUAGCAGGACUGAACACUCUCGGCAUAUCCCUGGCUCGGAUAGACUUUGCACCAAAUGGCCUAAACCCUCCUCAUACUCACCCUCGUGGCUCCGAAAUUCUUGUAGUCUUGGAAGGUACACUCUACGUUGGCUUCGUCACGUCAAACGCCGAUAAUAAUCGGCUAAUCACCAAAGUGUUGAACAAGGGAGAUGUGUUUGUGUUCCCGAUUGGUCUCAUUCACUUCCAACUCAAUGUCGGAUUCGGAAAAGCAGUAGCGACUGCUGGACUUAGCAGCCAAAACCCAGGAGUGAUCACCAUAGCAGAUGCAGUGUUUGGAUCCAAGCCUCCCAUCAAUCCUGAUGUUCUAGCCAAGGCCUUCCAAGUGGACAACAAGCUGGUUGAUUAUCUUCAGAAACAGUAUUGGUACGCCAACAAUUGAUAACGAAGAACUAUCUGUGAAAAUUAAGGAGGAAAAGGCCAUUCGGAACGAUCCAUGUAUGCUUGGUCGGAUGUGCUAAUUAAGUUGGCCAAUAUAUAAAUUGAAUAAGAUGGUUAAUGCUUAUGUAUACCUAACCCUUUUGUGAAUUUUGAUAUGAUACGAUAUUAUAUAUGGUAUGUUCUGAUGUGCGCUGUCUCUUAAAUCUCUUUUAACUUUGACAAGUUAAGGAAAUUCUUCCCAUACCUCAUAUUUCAAUGAUUCGGAACAAUUUAUAGUUGGCUAUACUUGCAUUUUCCCCU